CUGGUGGGCGAGCGGGCGGACCGAGCCGGCGGACCGAGCCGACCAGGCUUCCUCUCCUACGUGGGGCACCAUGGACGACGCCAGCAGCUCCGGGGGCAGCGGAAGCUUCCGCCCCGGCGUGGACAGCCUGGACGAGCCGCCCAACAGCCGCAUCUUCCUAGUGAUCAGCAAGUACACGCCCGAGUCGGUGCUGCGGGAGCGCUUCUCUCCCUUCGGAGACAUCCAGGACAUCUGGGUGGUGCGCGACAAACACACCAAGGAGUCCAAGGGCGUCGCAUUCAUCAAGUUCGCCCGCAGCUCACAGGCCUGCCGGGCUAUGGAGGAGAUGCACGGGCAGUGCCUUGGCCCCUACAAAACCAAGCCCAUCAAGGUUUUCAUUGCUCAGUCCCGAUCGUCAGGAAGUCACAGAGAUGUGGAAGAUGAAGAACUCACAAGAAUCUUUGUUAUGAUACCAAAGUCCUAUACAGAAGAAGACCUGCGGGAAAAAUUUAAGGUGUAUGGUGAUAUCGAGUACUGCAGCAUAAUUAAGAAUAAAGUCACUGGAGAAAGCAAAGGUCUGGGCUACGUGCGGUAUUUAAAGCCAUCACAAGCUGCCCAAGCAAUAGAAAACUGUGAUAAAAGUUUCAGAGCGCUCUUGGCUGAACCUAAAAAUAAAAUAUCCGAGUCCUCAGAGCAAGAUUAUUACAGUAGCAUGAGGCAGGAGGCUCUGGGCCAUGAACCAAGAGUAAACCUGUUUCCCUUCGUUGGAGAGCAGCAGUCUGAGUUUUCGAGCUUUGACAAGAGCGACCGAGGCCAGGACGCCGUCUCUAAGCGCCUGUCGGUCGUGUCGCGCGUGCCCUUCACAGAGGAGCAGCUCUUCAGCAUCUUCGACAUAGUCCCGGGCCUGGAGUACUGCGAGGUUCAGCGAGACCCUUACUCAAAUUAUGGUCAUGGUGUGGUUCAGUAUUUUAAUGUAGCAUCUGCUAUUUAUGCAAAAUAUAAAUUGCACGGAUUCCAGUACCCCCCUGGGAAUCGGCUAGGGGUCUCCUUCCUGGAUGACGGAAGUAAUGCGGCAGAUCUCAUCAGGAAAAUGGCCACCCAGAUGGUGACGUCACAGCUCGCGUCAAUGGUGUGGAGUGACCCAAGUCAGCAGCAGCUCCUGCAGUUUGGAGGAAGUUCUGGGUCACAGUUGCCGAAAUCCAGGACAGAUGUUGCACUUCCGUCGUGCAAAAAGAAAGCCCCUCCCGAAAUGCCCGUGAAAGAGAGACUUUUUAUCGUGUUUAAUCCUCAUCCUUUGCCAUUAGAUGUGUUGGAGGAUAUAUUCUGCCGUUUCGGUAACCUGAUCGACAGUUUACCUUGUGUCAGGAAAAACGUGGGCUACGUAAAGUACGCAGAUAGGAUAAGUGCCAAUGACGCAAACACCCUGCAGCGGAAGAUUCUGAACGGGGUCAGACUGAAAGUCAUGCUGGCGGAUUCCCCACGGGAAGAAUCCAAAAAGAGGCAGAGAACUUACUGAGUCUUG